UCUCGCCACAAGUGGGGAGCCCAGCCAGCUGGGUGACCCCUGUCCAGAUGGGCAAUGUCAUCGGUGAAAUGGAGCGACCUGCCGGACAGCACUCCGCUUGACUAUGAGCAGGAGAAUCAGAAGAGACCUGGGAGCAAGUCCCACGAGUUGUACGAAAAAUACAAGAAGUCCAAGACUUAUGGUGAGGCAAAAGCCAAUGGAGCGCGGCCUGAAGAUUUCCGCCACGACUAUGGGAAGGGAUGGCUGAAGCUCCAACCAGCCGAUGGACAACUUCCUCUAGUUCCUCCAAAGAAUGGGGCGAAGAAGGAAUCGGAAGGCUCGAAGCGACCGUCCAAAGAUGGCGGGUCCAAGAAGUCCAAGGAAGAGGAUGAGCCAAUCUGGCAGGAGGAAACGAGAGAUCCAGAGCAGAUUCAGCAAGACUUGAAGAAACAGGAGCAGCUCAGCAAAGAGCUGAACGAGCUCAAGAACGAUCAGUACAAGAAACGUGAACGGCCCAAGGAUGCCUUCGAAAUGGCCAUGGAAGCCUUCAGUAAGGGCUCCUCGAAGAGCUCAAAACAGAUCAAGGUCAGUGAGGGCGAAUCCAAGGGUGCUGCCUUCGAUGUGAAGCUGGAAAAAGCCCACAAACAACUGCAGAAAGAGACCAUGGAGCAGUUAGAGAAAGCCCGCAAGGAAAGGGCGGAGAAAGCGGCGAGAGAAGCUCGAGAGGAAGCUAAGGUGAAAACCGAAAGAUCCUCUCGGGCCAAAGUCCCUCCUGAGAAGACGCCUGAGAAACCCGAGAAGAUUGAAAAGACUUCGAAGCCCAUUGAAAAGACCAAGAUCGAAAAGGCUGAAAAGGCGGAAGCGAAAGCAGAAAAGAAGGAGAAGGUUGAAGUCAAGUCGGAGAAAUCCGACAAAGUGAAACAUGACAAGUCCGACAAGGAAAAGAAGUUGAAGAAGGACAAGAAGGAGAAGAAGCACAAGAAGGACAAAAAACACAAGAAACACAAGAGACGUGAGCACAAGAAGUCCGAGACGCAAGGAACCAAGAAGCCUCCAAGGUUGUCAGCGUCUCGCAUCAGAGAACUUCUAAGGUCCAAAGUAAAGAACUUUGCCGGGGGGAAACACGCUUAUCGCAAAGAUGAACAGGGGCUAUUCAUCCGCCUGGAUUCCAACAGGAAAAGGGAGUGUACCUCCGUGUACAUGGGGGUGUCUCCAGCGCCGGGCCAGAACAAAGACGGCAGCAGGCCUGCUUGGCGGGCUCGCUACGAAGGAACUACCCUUGGCACCUUCGACACAGAAGAGGAGGCGGCCCAAGCCUACGCCAAGGCCCGCGCUGAGCAUGAGAAAAAUGGAGGCAGCCCUGGCUCCAAUGGAGUGAAGCGUCCGUCUCCCACGCCACAGGAGAAAGAGGCAAGCCCAAACAAGGAACCGGACAAGAUUCCGGAUAGCCUGCAAGCGACCGUGGAGGUUCUUCAAAGGCAAAUCAACGAAUUGAAACCCCAGCAGCUUGACAAGUUGAUUGAGUACUUCAAGGCUGACAUCACUUGGCGAGCAGAUGAUGCUGAGGAUUUCAACUUUGACUUGAAGACCUACUCCGUACCACGACUCCGUGAACUCACCAGGCUGAUCCGGCAAGUCCGCGCGGAGGCUGCGAAUACUUUGGAUGCAAAUGAGAGGUUGCGCCUCCAGCAAUCCAAACCAGCAGUGUCACAAAGUGCACAACUGGCAGCCAUGAAUCCCCAGAACGAGCGAGAACUCCAGGACAAGAUCAGGGAGCUCGAACAAAAGAAUCAGAACCAGCAGAGGCAAAUCGAAGAGCAGAAGGUCCAAAUGAUGCAGAUGCAAGUGCCAGCCGUGCAAGCGGCACAGGCACAAGUGCAAGUGCAGGAUCCGCGAUUUCCUCCAGGUCAGAACAGCUUUGGAGGCAGUUCCAGCUCCACUCGCCCGAAUGAGACGUGGAAGGUCGCGCAGGAGGCUAUGUCCCAGGCUUUGCACGGCAGCCAUCCAGCAAGUCUUCCACCAGGUGGCCGAUGGCCUGCAGGUUACAUUGGCGAUGGUGGCGGCUGGGUACCCGGAGGAGAGCCUCCGAAGAAUGCGCAGCCACCAGCAAUACCACCUGGUGAUACUGAACCACCUGGUCGCUGUGUGGAGACUUGUCGAUGUGGUCAGGUGGUGAGCCGUGCAUGGGAGGUGGAGAAGCCCUGGCUGAAAGACGAGGCCAGGGCUAUGGCCAUCAUGGCUGCCAUUCAUCGCUUUGAAAGCCAGCCAUCCGUUGAACGCCGUGGCAAAGUCUCAAAGCAGAACCGCUACGAGCCAGCUGCACCUACACAACAGGCGCUGGCGGCAGAAGUUGCGAGCAGGGUGCCGCUCCCUGCGCAUUUGCGCAUGCGAGCCCCGUGAUGGCCGUGACGUGUGGCGGGAAAA